GACUGUAAAGAAAAAGAAAAUGAUAAAAUAAAACAUUACUUUUUAUUUUUGAUUUCUUAAGUUAUUCUCAAAGUAUUGCAUCUUAUUAUAUCUUGUUAUUGAAUAAGUAAAUCAUUGCCUUAAAUGUAAAAUACUCAAAAUACAAACAAAAUUCCAAGUUUUUGUUAACUGCAGAUGCGGAAUUUUGAUUUGUACGUCACUGUUUCCAGGAAGAAUACGACCGUUAAUUUCAGCUGUUUUGCCGCCUGUGCAUUAUAUAAACAAAUAUACUUUACAAAUUCUUUAAGAAAAAAAAAAAAAAACUCUUUACAAGAAAAGAUUUAACCAGAAAGACAAAAUAAAAAGGACACAGAGAGAGAGAGAGAUAAGAAAGAUAAAAAGAAUGAUGAAAGAUUGCUAAGAAAGCAGAAAUCUUUAAACCAGAAAGCACGAGAAAAAAAGAAAAAAAAGAAGACCCUUUUGCAAUCCACACGCAUUCAAGUGUAAAGAAGACAAUUUGUAAGUUGUAACAUUCAACAAAUCUAACAGCAAAGUAACCCAUUUGCUAGCUACUUGUUUAGAUUUAGAUCCACCUUCUCUACACUCGGAAUCAAUUUCUUUAAAAAGAAAAAAAAAACCCUAUUGACAGAGCAGCAAUGCCAUACUGUCCGAUUCUUUGACCAUAACCCCAUUGUUUAUUUCUCCAUCAUCAUCAUCAUCUUCUUUCCAGUCUGUCAAUUUGUUUAUCUCUAUCAAUGGGAGCUCGUUGCUCGAAAUUCUCUCUCUGCUGGUUCCAGUCUCCUCUUAAAGCUUCGGUUCUUGAAUCCUCUGAUCCUGAGAAUGGUAACAAGAAUGACAGAAGUGUAUGGCCAAGUUUCACAGAGUUUAGCUUAGACCAAUUGAAAGCUGCCACUAGCGGGUUCUCUUCUGAAAAUAUAGUAUCGGAGCAUGGCGAGAAAGCUCCUAAUGUUGUGUAUAAAGGGAGGCUUGAUAAUGACCACUGGAUUGCUGUUAAGCGAUUUAAUAGACUGGCUUGGCCUGAUUCUCGCCAAUUCCUUGAGGAAGCAAGAUCGGUAGGGAGUUUGAGGAGUGAGAGAUUGGCUAAUUUGAUUGGAUGCUGUUGUGAAGGCGAUGAGAGAUUGCUUGUUGCUGAGUUUAUGCCACAUGAAACACUUGCAAAGCAUCUCUUUCACUGGGAGAAUCAGCCAAUGAAAUGGGCAAUGAGAUUGAGGGUAGCUUUGUAUUUGGCGCAAGCUCUUGAAUACUGCAGUAGCAAAGGAAGGGCAUUGUACCAUGACCUCAAUGCCUAUAGAGUCUUAUUUGAUAAGGAUGCUGAUCCUAGACUGUCUUGCUUUGGACUGAUGAAGAAUAGCCGAGAUGGCAAAAGUUACAGCACCAAUUUGGCUUUCACUCCUCCUGAGUACUUGAGAACUGGUAGAGUGACACCAGAGAGCGUAGUUUACAGCUUUGGGACACUCUUGUUAGAUCUUCUUAGUGGAAAGCAUAUUCCACCCAGCCACGCACUUGACCUGAUAAAAGGCAAGAAUUUCCCUAUGUUGAUGGAUUCUGCUCUGGAGGGUCGUUUUUCAAAAGAUGAUGGAACUGAACUAGUACGAUUAGCUUCUCGUUGUUUGCAGUAUGAAGCUCGUGAGAGGCCAAAUGCAAAGUCCCUUGUCACUUCACUUUUGUCACUUCAGAAAGAAACAGAGCAGGUUCCAUCUUAUGUUUUGAUGGAUAUCCCACAUGAAACUGGAUCCUCGACUCAGCAAUUGUCAUUAACUCCUUUCGGUGAGGCAUGCCUGAGAGUCGAUCUUACUGCCAUACAUGAAAUUCUGGAGAAGCUAGGGUACAAGGAUGAUGAAGGAAUUGCCAAUGAGCUUUCUUUUCAAAUGUGGACAAGCCAAAUGCAGGAGACAUUGAAUUCUAAGAAGCAUGGAGAUACUGCUUUUAGAGCUAAGGAUUUUGCAACUGCCAUUGAUUGCUACACACAAUUCAUUGAUGGGGGAACCAUGGUGUCACCAACUGUGUAUGCCAGGCGGUGCUUGUCCUACUUGAUGAAUGACAUGCCACAAGAAGCUCUUGGGGAUGCUAUGCAAGCCCAAGUGGUUUCUCCGGAGUGGCCAACUGCCUCAUACCUUCAAGCAGCUUGCCUCUUCAGCCUCGGCAUGGAGACAGAUGCGCAAGAAACACUCAAAGAUGGCACAAAAUUAGAAGCCAAGAGGAACAAAAGCUGAAAGUGUAUAUAGCUUUCUUCUUCUUUCAUUUUUUCUUAUCAUAAUUUUGUGUAGGUUGUUGUAUGUAGCCUUUCUUUUGCUUUUUUUUUUUUUUUUGGCUUUCUCCCACAUUAUUUUUGAGCUUUUAUUGACAUUGCAUGCAGGGUUGAGAUUUCUUGAUAGUUGUUUGCAUUGAUAAAUGAUGUUUAUGCUGAAUCUUAAUCUGUUGAAUGCAGUAGUUAAUACAUCCUAUUGAUUCA